CUUACUCUUCUCAAACUACACUAUGGCAUCCAAUCUCAAAUAAUAGCAAUCGAUAGCCAAAACAUUUCUCUUCAAAACUACGCAAGGCUCCGAUCUUCAUCUCCUUUGGUUCCGGAAAUACAGACGUUUUUCAAGGACACACCUAUCUCGCUGCAAUUUAGUGAAAAGCCGGUUUUUGGCCUGUUACCGUCAAAAAUCAAAAACCGUAUGUUCAUUCAUCACUCUCGUCCAGAACGGGUGAACUUUUCAUGGAAUGAUUAGCAGAGAUCAUAACAUGCAGACUCAGUCGAAAAAAUUACAUACGGUUUCCAGUUUAUGGAUACGAUUUUUUAGCGGAUCUCUGGAAAAUCUCCUCAUAUCGAAUUUAUUCUUUGGCUUUUCACCAAACUGGGUUUUCUGGAAUUGUGGUUGAGUGGAAAAUAAGAAGAGAAAUGUUUUGGCUAUCGAUUGCUAUUAUUUGAGAUUGGAUGCCAUAGUGUAGUUUGAGAAGAGUAAGCUUUUUUUCGCAUUUUGUCUCGAAUGAUACAUCAUGGCAAAUUUGAUCGGGAACGCUGAUUUUUUCAUAGGUUUACGUCCCAGAGUGUCUAGUUUCAGAAUCUGAAAAACUGUAGGUCUCUAGGUAUGUUCGUUGAAAAAUUAUAAGCAUUCUUUUUAAAUUUCGAUAGUAUUAUAUCAACGUCUGUUGGAAGGGACCGGCGAUUGUAAAGGGUUAAGAAGAACAUAUGACUAAAAACCUAGGCAAAAGUCUCUCUCACGUACCUUCAAAAGGAAGUUUUGUGAUUAAAUUUUGAUAGUAAAAACAUUGCUACAAAAGCCUGCACUUUAAUCUGAACCAUCCUUGAGAACAUGUUCAAUAACAAUACUUUUUGACAUGACGCUGAUUAUGAUCAUAUGGCAUAAUUCUAUGCUCUCUUCAUGCUCAUUUGAAAGAGAGAUGUUUACUCUAUAAGAUCAUGUAUUUAGACACGAUAAUAUGUUCAACUAUGUAGGACUAAACAACAGAAAACUAAAAUAUUGUAUAUUUUUAAAAUUCCGUGUUUUUUCAUCAGUUUCUAAAUAUAGACCAUGUGUACGGCAGUACCAAAAUAAAUCUUACUUCAUUUUGUAGCACAGACAAUUCUGCACAUUUUAAAACACUACCAUGAUGUACGAUUUAAAUCAUAUAUGAGAAAUAGGCAUAGGUUUCAUCAUUGUCUUAGUUUUCUAAAUUUGAGACAAAUCUCAUAGAUCCAGAUAUAAAAAAGUUUUUAAGUUAUUGCAAGUGUAGAGCGAACAUUUCCCUACAAAGUGAGACCUCAGCGAGCUCUUUGCAAUGUUUUUUUAUGAUUUGACACGCGUUUUCCGACAAGCACUGUAUUUGAGGCCGGUCGCCUACUCGUUUUUACCUGAGUUUUUGAUCCAUUGACCACACGUAAUAAUUUACAUAUGAUUGAAUAGAUCAUCGAAAGUUACAUCUAGUAGCAUGUUUUUUUUAUCUGCAUAAGUUCAUAGUAGUAGCGAAAAAGAUUUUUUAAUUUUGUACAAAUGGCUGGGAAUGGGUAUUAAGUAUGGAACAAGACAUGUUUCUCUACUUUUCACAAAUGAACCUUUUCAGUUUUAUGUUUAAAAACUGCAGAUGACUCAAUUCUAGCUACUUAUGUCAGAACUUGAUGAAAAUUCUUCUCUCCUAACCAUCUAAAAAUCUUAUAUUAAAUCUGCUCGCGGUACCUGUCAUGAGCUUAUCUGACUUCUUUUUAAAGAAAUCUAGUUUAGAUGGCUAGGAGAAAAGAAUUUUAUCGAGUUUUGACAUGAGUAGCUAGCAUUGAGUCAUCUGCAGUUUUUAAACACAAAACUAAAAAGGUUCAUUUAUGAAAGUAGAAGAAAAAUGUCUUGUUUCAUACUUAAUACCCAUUCCCAGCCAUUUGUACACAAUUAAAAAAUCUUUUUCUCUCCUACUAUGAACUUACGCAGAUAAAAAAACAUGCCACUAUAUGUAACUUUCGAUGAUCUAUUCAAUCAUAUGUAAAUUAUUGCUUGUGGUCAAUGGAUCAAAACUGAAGUAAAAACCUGUAGGAGAAAACGUAUAUAAAAUGUUUCUUUGCUUCUCCGCAUUAUUCAUUUUUUUCAAUAAAUGGGCUUAAUGAGGUCUAAAUUGUUAUGAUCUAAACGCUAAGCUUUACCAGAGUAACCCCCAUGUUUUUCUUGGAGAAAGUUGAUGAAAAUAUUGUUGGUUGCAUUGGGACGACGAACGUAUAUGAAAAUUUGAUCAUCUUUUCUAAAGAAAAGGUUUUCGAAGAUCAUUGAUAUUUGUAAUCAUCAUGGUUGGUUACAUUGUACGGCGCAAAGAUCUCAUCGACGUAUCCGCAUUUUUUAAUAAAGAUUUGCGCGUUAAGAUUUCAGAUUUUCCUAUACUGCAGUUCUACUGGGUUCGCCGUCGAAGGAAAAAGACGAGAGCGGCAAAGCAAACGAAAAUAUCGUUAGUGUUUUUAUAAAUUAAUUUAUGAUUUAUUAUUCAGUACGUUUUUAGAGAACUAUCAAUACUCACUUAUUAUACGUCUCGUUUGCUGGUUCGCAGCUGUUGAUUUUUAAGAGGAUAAAAACAACUACAAGAACUUGUUUUCUUUGACUCCUUGAUUUCUGUUAGAAAAAAGGUAAAGAUGUAUACAUUAAGUCCGAGAAAAACAAUCAAUCAAAGAAUCAUUUAUAAAAGGAUCGUUGAAAAUGUUGAUGAAUCAUUAAUCGUCGAAUGACAAAUUUAUUCUGUUCGAUUCAUUUACUUCGAUCAUAGUUUUGACAGCCUCCCUAAAUUCUCCGGAAAAGUACUACGCUCUCACCAUGAAUUUUCCCGAAUUUCAUCAUGAAAGUCAAAAAUCAGACAUUUUUAUUCUUGUAGAUCCUCUCGAUACCAUCAAUGGAAAUUUUCAGUUUAAUACUACCUCGUAAUUCAUUCUACUGGAAAACUUCUCUGUUUUUAGAGUGAUAUCGUGCCAGUAAAACGACACACAAAUUGGUUGACGGCUGCAAUUAUUGAAGAAUUAGAGUACGAAUUACCUCCUCAAUUUAAUAGUUCAACACAUCAACAUAAAUCAUCCUCACAUAAAAAUUCAAUAAAUGUAUAUCAAAAAUACUCAAGCAGUAAAUAUUUUCAUCCAUUCUUGAGUUCGCCUAAUGAAUUAUUACAACUUGAAAUUCAACAACUACAAGAACAACAAACCCAACCUGAUAUUUUAAUCCAAUCAACUAAGCAACCAAACAAUAAUAAUAAUUAUACAGCUUCUUAUUGGCAUGCUUUACUAAGUAAACAUGCCCAUAUUAGUUUAUCAUGCUUAAGUGUUUUAACUGAAUUAGAACAUGAUAUGAAAUUUGAAUAUCAAUCAGGAACUGACCAUUUAUUCAUCACACAUAAUUGA